GACAAUUCAGUUAAUAAGUACGAUCGCGGCAGAGUAGAACUUAAGCGGAAGAUUGUUGAGUGUGAAUAAAAAUUAAAAAAGAAUAUAUAUACAAAUAAAUCAUUAUUAAACAAGUUUAAAAAAAAACAAAUACAAAAUAUUUUACAUGCCAAAAAUUAGAUAAAAUAAUAAUAAAUGUGUUAAAAAAUAAAUAAAAAAUAUAUGAAAUAAACCGUUACAAAUUUCCAUUUGAUAUUAAUUAACAUGACAACUUGGUAUUCAAAUUAUGUACCCACUUGGGUAAAUCGUUGGUGGCAACCUCCACGUCCUUUUAAUCCAUAUCGUAGUAUACGUCCUGCCUCAGAAAACGAAUCAAGUGAUGCAAUUUUAAAAGUGGUCACUGUGGAAUUACACCGCGAAGAUAAUCAUAAUGAACAUCAUACAGAUCAUUUUUAUGCUGCCAAAGACGCACUCAUUGUUCGACGUGGUGAACCAUUUAGAUUAACCUUGAAUUUUAAUCGUCCCUUUAGUCCUAGUCGUGAUGCCGUAAGUUUUAUUUUCACUGUGGCUGAUGAGAAAAAACCUAGUCCUGGACAUGGUACUUUAGUAGGUAUAGUACCCAGGGACGGUAUUGAUUUCUUGGGUGAUCCUUUGGAAUGGGGUGCUGGUAUAGAGGAACAUGAGGGUAGUACAUUAACAGUGCUAAUCAAACCGGCUGUAACAUGUCCUGUUACGGAAUGGAAAUUAGAUAUUGAUACCAAAUUGUUGGGAGAUGGUUCUAAGUCAUUUACCAUGCCAGUGCCCAUUUAUGUGCUUUUUAAUCCCUGGUGUCCGGAUGAUCAAGUCUAUCUCGCAGAUCGUGAUGAACGUAAGGAAUAUGUAAUGCAUGAUACUACACUUAUAUGGCGUGGUUCCUAUAAUCGUCUAAGACCUUCGGUAUGGAAACUGGGGCAGUUUGAAAGACAUGUUUUGGAAUGUUCUUUGAAAUUAUUAGGCACUGUGGGACGUGUGCCGGCUGCUUAUAGGGGAGAUCCCGUGCGUGUGGCAAGAGCGUUAUCGGCUGCCGUUAAUUCCGUGGAUGAUGAUGGUGUUAUAUUGGGCAAUUGGACUGACGAUUUUUCUGGUGGCAUUGCACCCACCAAAUGGAUGGGUUCUACCGAAAUCUUGCAACAGUUUUAUAAAACUCAAAAGCCUGUAAAAUAUGGACAAUGUUGGAAUUUCUCUGGUGUUCUCACUACCAUAGCAAGGGCUCUAGGCAUACCUUCACGUAUAAUAACCUGCUACUCAUCUGCUCAUGAUACCCAAGCCUCCUUGACGGUGGACAUAUUUAUUGAUCAGAAUAAUAAAAAAAUGGAUGCUGAAACUACUGACUCGAUUUGGAACUAUCAUGUUUGGAAUGAAGUCUGGAUGACACGUCCCGAUCUAGGAGUUGGACAAAAUGGUAUAUCAUAUGAUGGCUGGCAGGCAGUGGAUGCUACUCCACAAGAGGCCUCUGAUAACAUGUACCGAGUCGGCCCUGCCUCCGUGGCUGCAGUAAAACAUGGUGAAAUCCUAAGACCAUUCGACUGCGGUUUUGUAUUCUCUGAAGUUAAUGCCGAUAAGGUGUACUGGCGUUACAAUGGUCCCUUCCAACCCAUAAAAAUGUUGCGUAAAGAUACCCUAGCCAUAGGACAUCUAAUAAGUACUAAAGCAGUGCUAAAAUGGGAACGUGAAGAUGUUACUAGCUCCUAUAAAUUCGAAGAGAAAACCGAUGAAGAACGCAAUAUUAUGCUGAAAGCUUUAAAACAAUCCCGUCAUGCUUUCAGUCGUUAUUAUUUGAACGAUACUUUCAAUGAGGUCGAAUUCGAUAUGCUAUUAAGAGAUGACAUUAAAAUUGGUGAAAAUUUCACCGUGGUUGUUAGUAUUACAAAUAAAUCGAAAGACAAAGCACACACGGCCACCGGUCAAUUGAAUUGCGAUACAGUUUUGUAUACUGGUAUUAAUAACGAAGAGGUCAAGUCUAUGGGAUUUGAGGUAGAAAUUCAACCGGGAGAAACGGAAUAUGUGCGCAUGGAAGUAAUAUUUGAGGAGUAUUUCAAGAAAUUGAGCACACAGGCCUCUUUUAAUAUUUCCUGCUCUGCUGUUGUCAAAAACACCGAUUAUGAAUACUAUGCUCAAGAUGAUUUCCGUGUACGUAAACCUGAUAUUAAGUUCACUUUCCAAGGCGAUAUAGUAUCCCAACAGCCUGUAGAUGUUAUAGUGCGUUUAACCAAUCCCUUACCCAUACCGGUGAAAAAGGGUAUUUUUUAUAUAGAAGGUCCUGGUAUAGAUAAACCUUUGAGAUUUAAGAUUGCUGAAAUACCAGUUGGUGGCACGGCUGCUUCUACAUUCAAAUAUGUACCGCCCUAUGCUGGACGAGGUACUAUGUUGGCAAAAUUCUCCUCUAAGGAAUUGGAUGAUGUUGAUGGUUUUAUGCAUUACGAAAUAAAACCUAGACCAGAGGAUGUGAUUAACAGUGAACAUAGACGUUCUAGCAGUAAUAUCAUAAGAAGAAGAACCGAUGUUAUACCUUAAGCUUUGAUUAUUCCAAAACUUGCCAUCUUUUUUGUUUUUUCAUUUGACAGGGAUAAUUUAAUUUUAGUUUAGAUUGUGUUAAGUCCCAACAUAAAAAACACUCGAAUUAAUGGUAAUUUUUUAAAACGAAUAUCCAGAUCCCUUAAUACAUUUAACUACAAGUAUUUAUUUUUCAAAGUCGGUCUCUUCCGAUUAAUUAUGUAUUUAAAUUGUUUUGUAUCAACUUUUUUUUACAACCAACAUAUUAUUUUUUAUUAAACAAGAGAAGAAAUAAAGUAAUUAUAAACAUAA